AUGGCACUCGAAGCUCUUACUUCGCCGAGAUUAACUUCUCCAAUUCGUCCUUUGUUUGAAGAUUCUUCUUUAGGUUUCCAUGGAGUGGAGCACUGGACUAAAGGAAAGCGAUCUAAGAGAUCAAGAUCCGAUUUUCACGACCAGAAACUCACCGAGGAAGAGUAUCUCGCUUUCUGCCUCAUGCUUCUCGCUCGCGACGGAGACCGUCACCGUCAACCUCCGCUUCUUCCGGCUCCGGUGGCUGAGAAGUUGAUGUACAAGUGUAGCGUCUGCGACAAGGCGUUCUCAUCUUACCAAGCUCUUGGUGGUCACAAGGCGAGCCACCGGAAAAACUUAUCACUAUCUGGCGGAGGAGAUGAACAAUCCACGUCGACGGCCACGGUGACAACCACAUCCGCCGUGACUACCGGAAAUGGGAAAUCACACGUUUGUUCUAUUUGUAACAAAUCUUUUGCCUCCGGUCAAGCUCUCGGUGGCCACAAGCGGUGCCACUAUGAAGGGAACAAUAGUAGCGUCUCAAAUUCCGAAGGAGCCGGAUCCACCAGCCAUGUCAGCAGUAGCCACCGUGGGUUUGACCUGAACAUCCCGCCGAUACCGGAAUUCUUGUCGGUCAACGGAGACGACGAAGUCAUGAGCCCUAUGCCGGCGAAGAAGAAGUCUCGGUUUGACUUGUCGGAAAAACUUCAACUUUAG